UGUAUCACUAUCAACCCCCAAGGGGGUAAAGGUGGGUGGGUAGCAACCUCUGUUCAGUUCCUAAGCUUCUCUCACUUCAUCACUCUCUGCCUCUUCAAUAUUCACAAGUCAGAACCAACAACAAUGGCUAAAAUAAUUUUCAUUUCCCAUUUUACCCCUAUCACCCUUCUCUAUAUCCUUCUCUUGUCCACUUCCCACAUACCCAUUUUAGCCAUUAACAUCACCCAUCUUCUAUCUUCAUACCCUGAGCUUUCCGAUUUCACUAAUCUCCUCUCCACCACCGCCGUAGCCGCCGAUCUGGCGGGUCGAUCCUCCGUCACCCUUUUCGCCGUCCCCAAUACCUUCCUCCGAAACUCCGAUGUGAUAAGCAACCAUUCUCCGUCGUCAUCCUCCAUUAAUCUGGGCGAUGUCCUCCGUUACCAUGUUCUGCUCGAGUACUACUCUUGGCCUGAUCUCCGCCUUAUACCUCCCGCCGGAAAACUUGUCACUACUCUGUUUCAGACCACAGGACGUGCUCCUAGCAACUUCGGGUCCGUUAACAUUACCCGUGACCCGAUUUCAAAUGCCAUCACUAUCCAUUCAUCGAAUUCCAACGCUACUGUUAUCAAUUCCGUGAAGACAGUUCCGUAUAACAUUUCCAUUUUCACCGUUGAUUCAGUUUUAGUUCCUAAUGGGUUUAAUUUAAUGGCAUCUGAAACUCGACCCACUUUAGGCCUCAACAUAACCAAGACACUAAUCGAUGGUCACAACUUUAAUGUCGCCGCUUCAAUGCUGACGGCUUCAGGAGUGGAAAACGAGUUUGAGGAUGACGAACAUGGUGCCGGAAUAACUUUAUUUAUGCCGACAGACCAGGCAUUUUCGGAUCUGAACUCAUCGAUGUUAUUCCAAUCUCUGCCGGCGGAUAAAAAGACUGACGUGCUGAGAUUCCACGUUUUGCACUCGUACUACCCUCUGGGCUCACUUCAAUCGAUAGUGAAUCCAGUUCAACCAACAUUGGCUACGGAACAAAAUGGGGCUGGAAGUUUCACGCUCAACAUUUCUAGAGUAAAUGGGGAUGUAUCGAUCGACACUGGGAUCGUUCAGGCGUCGGUGACUCGAACGGUGUUUGAUCAGAAUCCAGUGGUGAUAUUUGGGGUGUCCAAGGUUUUAUUACCUAAAGAAUAUUUUCAAAAGAAUUCAAUUGAGGUAAGUAACCCAAGUAGUGGAGUACCUGCAAUAGCUGACCCACCGGAGAUUUCUCUCUCACCGAUCUAUUCGCCGGAUAUUGAAGGUUCAACUAAACACUUAUCUUCACCGCCGGGUUUCGGAGAAAAAGAAUCGUCGACGGCGAACAGGAAAAGUGCAGUAAGAAUAUUUUUGGGUUUAUGGUGCAUAGGAUUCUACCUAGCUCUACUGUCAAUUAAUUAAUGUGUAAUUAUUUUUUCCUGCUUUGUGGAAGUGAUUUAGGUCAAGUAGUAUCAAUUUAUUUUUUUGCCUAUUUCAUUCUUCCCUAUGUUUUUUUUUUUUUAAUUAAAGCUUCAUUAUGGUGUUGUAAUCUGUAAAGAGCUCCAUUUUGUUUAUUGCAAUUGCUACAUAAGAUUAUUUAUGAUA